AUGCCAGUCCGCCCGAUCCACAAGCGCGGGCCAAUGAGCCUGGCCCGCAACAUCCCGCGUCUGUCGUGGGACCGCGAGAACCUCUUCAACAUCUGGCUGCGUACCAAUGCCGAGUCGCCGCUCUACCGCGAAACGCAGUUCAACCGUUCCACCAAGACCAUCUUCCAGCAGCGUUGGACAGCCAAGCGGCUCAUGCAGGGCUACCACGCCGAGCACAUGGGGACAAAGAAGUUCCAGCGUUGGUUCCUGCCCGAGAUUCUGCCGACGGUGCGACACGGCGACGAGGUCAAGCGGACAAACGACCUGGCCAAGUGGGUCGAGGGCAAGGAGAAGGCUGGAGGACGCACGAUUGCCGAAAAGCUCAUGGCUGAGACGGCUGAGGCGGCGCGUUCGCCAGUCGGUUCGCUCAUGUGGUCCGAAGUCGAGCGGCGACUGGAUGUCCUCAUCUUCCGCUCUUGCUUUGCGACCUCGGUGUGGCAGGCACGCUCAUACAUUACCCAGGGACACGUCAAGGUCAACGGCUAUGUUGUUCGUAACGCCAACGUCCAGCUCAAGCCUGGGGACAUUUUCUCAAUCAACCCCUCCGCGAUCCCGAUGCUGAAGAAGAUCGACCACGAGCAGAAGCCGCGGUUUAGGAAAAACGUCACCGAGGUCGACGCCAAGGCACAGGCGCGGGCGGUUAAGGACGCUGGUGCGGCCGUCGCUGCCGAGAUCGAGGCUGCGGAGGGAGCCGAGGAGGGCGCCUCUACAGAGGCUGGGGAGGGCGCUGAAGCGGCGGCGGAGAGCGAGGCGGCCGUUGAGGUUGAAGCCGAGGCCGAGGCUGAGGCGACCGAGAACAAGUUCAAGGAGGUCAAGGCCGAGAAGCGUGCCGCCAUCUCCGCCGAUGAGAACAAGGGCACCUUUUUCUACCUCCCCGAAUACGCGUCUCCGCACAUCUUUGUGCCAGCAUACAUCAUGCCGUCGUUCCUCACCUGCUCGGCAGUCUACGUGCGCCACCCUACCUCGCGGCCAGGCUACUCUGAAAUCCCUACGCCGUACGACGCCGACGGGCCUCUCCAGUCGCUCACUUGGGAGUGGUUCCAGCAGGUCGCACCGCGCAUGAAGCCCAAGCGCCGCGCGCGUCUCAUGAACCCCCAGCGCACGCAGGACAGGCGGCCAUAG